CAGGACCACGCGUGGAAGAUUAUUCAGCCGACAGUUGAGUGCGGAGGUAAAAGAAAGAGCGGUCGCUGAGGCAGAGUUCUCACGAUUUUGCUAUUGACUCUUCAUCUUCAUCUUUGCCACGACCGUACCUGAGGAGCUACACGUUGAUUGAUUUCUCAUAAUUUUUCUUAUACACUAGUUAACACGUACAACAAAAGAAAGAGACGCUGUUUUCUGGAUCAUUGCAAGGUUAUUAUUAAUUGAAAGCACAUCAAUGUGGGUUCUAGGCAAAUUGUUUGCUUGAACUGGGUGAUGCCGGAUCAGUUACGAACCUGAGAGAGUUUUGUCAUGUUUCCUUGCAUCUGAAUAGUUAAUAAUCAAUCUCACAGCAUUGCAUUGCUUGGCAUUUCAACUGCAUGUGGGCUGCCUGCUUCACUGCUUUAGAUUUUGUAAGCCAUGGGGGAGUGGGUCAUCGGAGCUUUUAUCAAUCUUUUUGGCAGCAUUGCUAUCAACUUUGGGACUAACCUUCUUAAAUUGGGUCAUAAUGAGAGAGAGAGGCAUUCCACGCAAGACAAUGUGGGAACAAGUGGGAAGGUUCCUGUGAAGCCUAUCAUAUAUUUCCAGACAUGGAGAGUUGGUAUUCUAUUUUUCUUUCUUGGGAAUUGUCUUAAUUUCAUUUCCUUUGGAUAUGCUGCUCAGUCGCUUCUUGCAGCCUUGGGAUCUAUUCAAUUUGUAUCAAACAUUGCAUUUGCUUACUUCGUGUUGAACAAAAUGGUCACUGUCAAAGUCCUGGUAGCCACAGCCUUUAUUGUUCUUGGAAAUAUAUUUCUUGUUGCUUUUGGCAACCAUCAGUCUCCUGUGUACACACCAGAGCAGUUGGCAGAGAAAUACAGCAAUAUGACAUUCCUCUUUUACUGUCUGGUAUUAAUACUUCUUGUUGCCUUGCACCACUACAUUUACAGGAGAGGAGAAAUUAUACUUGCCAUUUCAGGACAAGAUCUUAGACCUUAUUGGCAAAUGUUGCUUCCUUUCUCCUAUGCUGUAGUUUCAGGUGCGGUAGGAUCGUGCUCAGUAUUGUUUGCCAAAUCUCUCUCCAAUCUGUUAAGAUUGGCCAUGUCUAGUGAUUAUCAGCUGCACAGCUGGUUUACUUACUCCAUACUUCUUCUAUUUCUUAGUACAGCCGGAUUUUGGAUGACAAGGUUGAAUGAAGGAUUGGCACUCUUUGAUGCAAUUCUCAUUGUGCCGAUGUUUCAGAUUGUUUGGACUUUCUUUUCCAUUUGUACAGGAUUUGUAUAUUUUCAGGAAUACCAGGUAUUUGAUGCGCUAAGGACAACAAUGUUCAUACUAGGGAUGACAUCCGUAUUCGUUGGAAUUUCUCUGCUUGCACCAGAUGAGUCCAGAGGUGGAGAGGUCAAAGAUAAUGCAUCUUUGGUUCCAGUUGUGUCUUCAAGCAUUUCAAUUGAAACAGACAGGCUGGUCAUCUCAUCCGAAGAUGCACAAAAUAAAGAUCCGAGAUCAUUCGCGCAAGCAAUGGUGAUAAAAAUUAAAGAGGUGUUAGCCAAGGCAAAGACUGCUUGUUCAUUAUCACUAGGUUUCGGAGAGGAUUCCAUCAAUGCAUCUGCUGUUCUUGUGAUGCCCAUGGUGUCUUCAAAAAUAACUGGCUUCAGAGGAACCGUCUUUGACCGACCUAAGUUUUUUUCCCUGAGAAAUUCUGGUUGGAGUAAGAUUUCAAUGGAUGAUGAUGGUGUAAAUGUAUUAGAAACAAACCCAGUGCUUCCUCAAACCCUUUGAUUGUAGUAGUACAAAUAGCAAACAACAUUGCAAGUUCACCAGGAAGGAAUCGUUUUUUUAUUAUUAUUAUUAUUUUUUGGAAGAAAAAAAAUGCCAUUGCUGUAAGGAGCACGCAUUGUUUAGAGGUUUAGGAUCAACUGAUUUUAUGUCAAGGAUGAAGCAUUCUUGUUAGCUUUGGAAAGGUGUGGGUGGCAUUAUUGUUGUAUAUACUUGCUCUCAUUUGAUUCAAUGAAAGAGCAUAGUUAUUUUUAUGUUUGUAUCGAAAAAAGGAAGUAGAGCAUGGGCAUAUUCAUUGCUCAAAUCCUUUUCAUGUCAA